GGGCUUCGGCUGAAAUUUAAGAGGUGUCGUUUCCGUUUCAGGCCAGUUUGUAAGUGCGAAGCGAGCAGCCCAGUCGACUCCUCCUGAGUACCGAAUAAUGCGUAGGAUACAGGCCGGGAUCGACUCGGCGGUCCUGACAGGACGAUUCAGUGCCUGAAUGGGCGACUUGAAGCCCGGCACGAUGAGCGACACCGGCCAAUCAACGAACUCGAUCUUGCGUAUCUGUGGUAGCACCGGCUUCGACAACGAGGUAUCCGCAGCCGAAGCCUCAUCCUCGUGGCUCGGCGCCCUGGCCCGACUGCUGCGCUGCCACGGACGUCGCGACAAAUGGCAGAGGCCCAGCCGAGGAAUCGCGGUAGCGAGCGAGGCGCUCGAGAUGAGAAAAACACAAGAACUCGACUUCAGUUGGCUAACUACCAAUGCAACGUCUAAAGUUUUCAAGGUUCUGCUGGUGUUCCCAAGGAAUGACCAGCAAUUUGAAAUACUCGUGAUCGCCGCGCGAAAAUUGGGCUGGAGCGUCUCGGAGGCGAAGAAUGCGGAACAAGCCGCGGAGCUCUUUCGCUUGUCCCGUCACGAUCUGGCGAUCGUCGACCGCAGAGGCACAAGCCACAGCCAAAACGCCGACGAAAUUUGCAGUAUUUUAACCAACUUAAGAAUCUAUCCAUUCGCCUGUAAUAUCAUAGCUUUGGUUAAGAAAACAUUUUUCACGAUAACUCGAAAUGACGAAGAAGGGAUGUUGUUUUUACUGAACAUUGGGUACAGUAGGGCGCUAAUGGAAUGCUCGCACAUGGGGAUCUUGAUGAAUGAACUCAUCGGUAUCUACACGAGCGAGAUUCAGCCGAAAAGCCAACUAGCCGCCGCGCAGUUAUUGUACCUCUUCGUUGAUACCAGUCGAGAUAUCGUCCACGUGACUAACGAUCAGCACAUUGUGCAGUUCGUGAACAGAGCCACCGAGGUGUUCCUUGGGUUCAAGCAGGAGGAGCUCGUGGGUAAGAGGAUCGAGGACUUUAUGAUAUUUGAAAACUUGGCGCUGAUGCAGCAGCAUCUGCGGAGAGGCAAAGAAUUCCAGGAUAAUAUUGUGUGGAAGAGGAAAGACAGGACUCCGCUAAAUAUCAAUUGCAGUGUUGUCCCGAUAAGCGUUCCAGUAAGCCAAACCGUUUAUUACAUUUAUCGAUGUGACAUCACAAGUAAACAGGAAACAAUUUCCUCGAGCGUUAGCUUUCACAAUUUCACUGGACAAGAAAGUCACUCAAAUGGACGAUAUUCUUUUGAAUCAAAAACAUUGCACGAGCCACGAAAAUCUACCGUUACAAAGUUACAUAAUUUACUUCUGGAUUCUCCAAUAACAAAAGUAAUUAAGCUGCUUUCGAGUGCCGGAGAGGGCUCCGUCGAUCCGGAUGUUUCUGAAAAAAUCAAAGCAGCAAUACGAAUAUUACUGAAUACCGAAUUGUACACACCGCAAUUGCGAGAAGACGAUCCGUUGCCCAUAUCCGAUCCAAUUAUCUCAGAAUUAUUAGAAUCAUUAAUUUCGGUAAGUGUUAAUUUCAAUGAUUCGCAAAAAGUUAAUAGUUCAACAACACAAAAACGAUCGCCAGUUAAAAAUGCCAAUGCAACGGAACAUCAGACGAAUACGAAAUUAUUCAAAAAUCCUCGAGAUCCAGAAGAGCUUGAAGAAUUAUUAGAAAAUAAUUUUGAUUGGGAUUUGGAUAUUUUUAAAUUGGAAAUUUUGACUAAUCGAAGGCCGCUCUACUUCCUUGGCACGAUGAUGAUGAAUCACUACAAAGUCGCGGAAAAGCUGAAUUGCGACGAGAAGACGCUGCAAAAUUGGCUGACGAUAAUAGAGGCCAAUUACAACAUCCACGUAAGCUAUCACAAUUCGACGCACGCGACCGACGUCCUCCAGGCGAUUGCGUGUUUCCUGCGCUCCAAUAAGCUCCAGAUGAUUCUCGAGCCACUGCACGAGGUGGCAGCACUGCUCGCUGCGAUCGCUCACGACAUCGGGCAUCCCGGAAAAUCGAGCCCAUUUCUCUGCAAUGCAAACAGCAAGUUGGCCAUUCUUUAUAAUGAUUUGUCGGUUCUCGAGUCUCAUCAUUCGGCUCUUACUUUUAAAAUAACACUAUCGGACGAUAAUGUUAAUAUUUUUAAGAAUCUAAAUAGAGAUGUAUAUAAAUCCAUAAGGCAGAAUAUAAUAGACAUGAUUUUAGCGACCGAAAUGACAAAGCACUUUGAGCAUUUUGCCAAGUUUGUAAAUGUCUGCAGCAAUCGUAUAAAUGACAAAUAUGAGGUACUUACUAAUAAUAUAUCUUUUGCCGAAGACGUAACGGAUAUGUCAGUGUUCCUGCUUCCGGAGAAUGUCUCACUGACAAUGCGAAUGAUGAUCAAGUGCGCCGACGUUUCAAAUCCCACACGUCCUUUGCGAUUCUAUGUUGAAUGGACCAGACGCAUAGCCGAGGAAUACUUCGACCAGACCGAUGAGGAGAAAAAGAAGAUGAUGCCCGUAAUGAUGCCGAUGUUCGACAGAGCUUGCUGUUCCAUACCAAAACUGCAAAUUGGGUUCAUCGAUUACAUUAUUAACGACAUGAUGGAGGCAUGGGAUGCAUUCAUUGAUAUGCCACAAAUUAUUGGAUAUAUGAGGGAAAACUAUGAAAAAUGGAAGGAAUUCCAUGAACAAGGAAUUACAACUCUAGAGGACAUCAAAAAAUUACAACUAACUCCCGAAUUACAGAUUUAUACAAAGUAAUAGACAAUUAAAAAUAAAUUUAUUUUAGAAAACUAGAUAACUAUUUAUACAAAUAAUUA